AUGGCAGGAACUCAAGCUCCAAAGGUCCAGGACAAAAAGCGAAAGAGGGACGACGGCGACAAGACAGCGCCAGCUAGCAAGAAGCAAGAACGAAGCAAGGACAAAAAGUUCAGCAGCAAAAAGAACAACUACAACGGCAAGAAUAAAAAUAAGAAGGGCCAGGACGAUAAGAAAUUCAACAAACAAACGAAUGCCUACCAGCAGCCGGAAAGAGAAGAGGGGGUUGACGAAACUAUCAGCAAGAUGAAUGAGCAAAUCCUCGCAGACUAUUUUAUGCAAAAGGCCAAAUCGCAUAACAAAGACUUGACAGCUGUCGAACUCAGUGACAUGAGUGUCCCUGUGCACGCAUUUCUCGACACCACAUCAUUUGAGCCAUCGCGAGAUUUGGAGCAGUUGCCCGAUUUCCUCAAGACCUACAGUCCCGAUAAAGGCGCUCGCCUGGGCGAUGCAUCGGAAGAGAAGGGCAGCCCGCACACACUGGUGAUAGCUGCAGCAGGACUUCGGGCAGCCGAUUUGGUCCGUGCUCUGCGGUCUUUUCAGAGCAAGGAUGCUGCAGUAGCGAAGCUAUUCGCGAAGCAUAUCAAAAUAGAGGAAGCCAAGCAGUUUCUCGAACGAUCUCGAGUCAGCAUCGGCGUCGGCACUCCACAACGGAUCAUUGAUCUUUUAGAAUCGGGCACACUCAAAACUACGGGACUAGAACGCAUUGUGAUUGACGGUUCGCAUAUCGACCAAAAAAAGCGUGGUAUUUUUGACAUGAAAGAAGUAUAUGCUCCUUUGUUGAAACUCCUGGCGCGAGACGAAUUUCGGAAACGGUACGGACCGAAGGAGAAGAGCCUGAUGGUCCUUGUAUAUUGA